UGGUUCAAGAAUGGACUGAAAAUGGAAAGGGUGGAGACAUCUUCUUAUAAAGAUCAGUUUUAUCCUGGAGACAUCAUCUCCUGUGCUGUAAAAGGACAUGAGGAUUUCCGCUCUCCUUCAGUGUAUGCUCCAAAGCUUCCCUCUGUGUCAGUGAGUCCCUCUGGGGAGAUAUUGGUGAACAGUUCAGUGACUCUGACCUGCAGCAGUGAUGCUAACCCAGCAGCUAAAUACACCUGGUACAAGGAGAACCAAACACUUCUCAGUGAAGAACCACAGCUUGUUUUCAGCUACAUCCAGUCCUCUGACUCUGGAGAGUAUUACUGUGCAGCUGAGAACCAGCUGGGGAGGAAGACAACUAAAUACAUCAUUAAUGUGAAAUAUGCUCCAAAGCUUCCCUCUGUGUCAGUGAGUCCCUCUGCUGAGAUAGUGGAGAACAGUACAGUGACUCUGACCUGCAGCAGUGAUGCUAACCCAGCAGCUAAUUAUACCUGGUACAAGGAGAAUGAAGACUCACCAAAAGCAUCAGGACAGAACUUCACCAUCACUGACUUCAGAGCUGAACACAGUGGGAAUUAUUACUGUGAAGCCCAGAACAGAAGAGGACGUCAUAACUCCACCUUACAUCUGAUUGUUGUGGCAGAUGCUCCAAAGCUUCCCUCUGUGUCAGUGAGUCCCUCUGCUGAGAUAGUGGAGGGCAGUUCAGUGACUCUGACCUGCAGCAGUGAUGCUAACCCAGCAGCUAAUUAUACCUGGUACAAGGAGAAUGAAGACUCACCAAAAGCAUCAGGACAGAACUUCACCAUCACUGACAUCAGAGCUGAACACAGUGGGAAUUAUUACUGUGAAGCCCAGAACAGAAGAGGACGUCAUAACUCCACCUUACAUCUGCUUGUUGUGGCAGUGAAAUCAACAAUGAUAAUAAAUAUCAUCAGGGUGACUCUGGUGCUCGUGAUGACGAUUCCUUUGUUUUGUCUGUGGAUGAGGAAGAAGAAAACUCUGAGCUCCACCACUGAACCAGAUGAACCUAUAGAGACUAUAGAG